AAUUGAAACAAAAUGAAAAAAAAAAAAAAAAAAAACUAACAAACUUUUAGAUUAUACAGCAACAUAAAAUAUUACUAGUAAAAUAUUAUGCUAAAAAUUAAAAUCGUUGAAGCGCUGAGCCUGCAGGCCAACUUUGUUCUGAACAUGUGUGUAGCCAGUGUAGGUAGUUGCUCACCACUAAACUAAACUAGUCUACUGCAUUUGCAUCAACAAUCUGCAUUUGGUUUUGCUCCCAAAUUGCACAAUUCUUGGGCUGCCGAAAAGAAUGAGCUUGAAGCUUCUGUGCCGCUCCAAAUUGAAGUUUGAUUUAUGCGUCUGCAUUUGCACACUCACAAUCCUCUUGCCGUCCAGCUUGGUGCAGUGCCAAUUGGAUCAAUUCACUCCGCCGUCUUUUGGAUCUCCCACACAACUAGCUUACGCCGGUCUUUAUAAUCUCACCUCCGCUAUUCUCUCCAGCAAACUUGUUCAAGAUUACAGCUUUUGCAUCCAGAAUACGGAAGGUGAAUGGAAUACAGCUUUCAAUUAUUCGUCGGAUUUGAGUUUCUUGACCGCUUGCAUCGCCAAAACUGGAGAUGUUACUCAACGCUUCUGCACAGCAGCUGAAGCUGAAAUAUAUUUUGGUAACUUGAAAAGUGGAGGGAAUUCCCUGAAGUUUAACAGGAACUGUAAUUCCUCCCAUUGGGCGGAAGGGUGUGAGCCGGGAUGGGCAUGUGGCCUAGACAACGAUGCUCCGGUUGACCUAAAGAAUUCCCGAGAUAUACCACCAAGAGGUUCUGACUGUGAUGCAUGUUGCGAGGGCUUCUUUUGCCCUCAAGGCCUCACUUGCAUGAUGCCCUGCCCAUUGGGUUCCUAUUGCCCACUUGCUACAUUGAAUGCAGAAACAGGGAGAUGCGACCCAUACACUUACAAACUUCCAGCAGCAAUGCCGAAUCAUACUUGUGGUGGUGCAAACAUGUGGGCAGAUGCUCGCACAAACAGCGAGGUUUUCUGUUCUGCUGGUUCUUACUGUCCAACAAGUAUCGAGCAGUUGCCAUGUAGCGACGGGAAUUACUGUCCGAAAGGCUCGACUGACGAGAAGCGGUGCUUCAGGUUGACUACAUGUAAUUCCAAAUCAGAGAGUCAAAAUAUUCAUGCAUACGGAGUUAUGCUCAUCGCUGCAUUAAGUACUCUUCUACUAAUCAUAUACAAUUGCUCCGACCAAAUUAUUACUACACGAGAAAGAAGGUAUGCAAAAUCAAGGGAAGCAGCUGCAAGAACUGUGAAGGAGAAAACACAAGCACGUGCGAGGUGGAAAGUGGCAAAAGAAGCUGCUAAAAAGCAUGCCAUUGAAUUACACUCUCAACUUUCUGGCAGAUUCUCCAAGAAGACCAUGCCAAAUCCAGAUCAAGUUAAAAUAUUGAACGAUGUAGAAAGUGAAACAGCAGAUGACUCCGAGCUGUCUAGCGCUCAACCUGAAAGAAAGAGAACGGAAGCCAGCCAUUUGUUGGGCAUACCACAUGGAAAGGAAGAUAGCUACAGUAGUAGUUUUGAUGCUUCUAAUUCCGAGCAUAGGAAUACAAACAUCAAGAAGAAAAUUCCAAAAGAGAAAGAAAUUCAUACACGCAGUCAGAUUUUCAAAUAUGCGUAUUCACAGCUCGAAAGAGAGAAAGCUCAGCAGCAGCGAAACAAGAACCUUACCUUCUCUGGUGUGAUUUCAAUGGCAACAAACAGUGACACCAGGAAAAGGCCUCUGAUCGAGAUUGCUUUCAGAGACCUAAAUGUUAGUCUCAAAGGAAAACAUAAAACUCUGUUGAGAUCUGUCACUGGGAAGAUAAAACCUGGCCGCAUAACUGCCAUCAUGGGCCCAUCGGGAGCUGGAAAAACAACUUUUCUUUCUGCUCUGGCUGGAAAAGCAGUCGGAUGCAUGGUUGAUGGCAUGAUUUUAGUGAAUGGGAAGGCAGUUUCUAUCCACUCUUAUAGGAGAAUCAUUGGUUUUGUGCCACAAGAUGAUAUUGUGCACGGAAAUCUGACUGUGGAGGAAAAUCUAUGGUUUAGUGCACGAUGCAGACUAUCUGCAGAUUUACCAAAGCCGGACAAGGUUCUUAUCGUUGAAAGGGUCAUUGAAUCCUUGGGAUUGCAGGCAAUACGCGGUUCCUUAGUUGGAACUGUGGAGAAACGAGGUAUCUCUGGAGGCCAGAGGAAACGUGUGAAUGUUGGUAUUGAGUUGGUGAUGGAACCAUCAUUGUUGUUCUUGGACGAACCCACCUCUGGGUUGGAUAGCUCGUCUUCCCAACUACUUCUUCGAGCAUUAAGGCGAGAAGCACUGGAAGGGGUAAAUAUCUGCAUGGUUGUCCACCAACCAAGCUACACAUUGUUUCGGGAGUUUGACGAUUUGAUACUUCUAGCAAAGGGAGGCCUUACUGUCUAUCAUGGACCCGUGAAAAGGGUCGAAGAAUAUUUUUGUGGUCUUGGCAUCGUUGUUCCAGAGCGUGUCAAUCCUCCAGACUACUUUAUUGACAUUUUGGAGGGGAUGGUAAAAGCGAGCUCAAGCUCUGACGUAAGUUACAUGGAACUUCCAGUUAGGUGGAUGCAACAUAAAGGUUAUCCUAUUCCUCCAGAUAUGAGAACUAGUGCUACUGCUGGAUCUACUAUGUCGGCUAUCAACAUUGAUGAUCAUAGUCAUGACUUUGACGAUUCUGUCGUGGAGGAACAAUCCUUUGCUGGGGAAGUGUGGCAAGAUGUUAGAGCAAAUGUGGAGAGGAAGCGUGAUGCCAUAAGACACAACUUCCUGAGGUCAACAGACUUAUCCUACCGAAGAACCCCAAGUGUUCUCCUGCAAUAUAAGUACUUCGUUGCUCGGGUUGGUAUGCAGCGACUGCGAGAGGCAAAAACACAAGCAGUAGAUUAUCUGAUCCUGUUGAUUGCCGGAGCUUGCUUGGGCUCGCUCACCAAAGCGAAUGAUGAAACCUUUGGUUUUAGUGCUUAUACGUAUACGAUUAUUGCUGUUUCUCUCCUUUGCAAGAUCGCGGCUUUGAGGUCGUUUUCUCAGGACAAGUUACAAUACUGGAGGGAAAGUGCUUCUGGCAUAAGCAGCCUAGCCCAUUUUGUGUCCAAGGACACCGUUGACAUGUUCAAUACACUUAUAAAACCCGUCGUCUAUCUCUCAAUGUUUUAUUUCUUCAGCAUUCCACGGUCAUCCUUUGCAUUCAACUAUGUCGUCCUGCUGUGCCUCGUUUAUUGUGUAACCGGUAUUGCAUAUGCGUUGGCAAUCUUUCUUGAACCCGGUCCUUCUCAGCUGUGCUCAGUGCUGCUUCCUGUGGUGCUGACCCUCAUUGCGACUCAAGUGAAUGGAACCAACAUCGUGAAAGGCAUAGCGAACUUCUGUUAUCCGACGUGGGCUCUAGAAGCAUUCGUCAUUGCAAAUGCUGAGCAGUACUUUGGCGUGUGGCUUCUAACGCGUUGUGGGGCGCUGCUAAAGUACGGCUACAACGUGCAUCACUGGGCUCUCCGCCUAUCGUUCUUGAUCCUCUGUGGUGCAGCUUUCCGCGUCAUAGCUUUCAUUGGCAUGGUAACUUUCCAAAAGAGGUGAAGUUUUUCAAGGUAAGUUGUACACUGUGGUGAAUAGAAAGUCUUGGAAUACACGACUCCGAUUCUGAUUCCGACGCCGGAAGUGGCUUUCGGAAGAAGCAAAGCCGGCAUCUGGUCCUCACUGCACAUUGCUGAUGUUUACUUGUUUGAGAGAGGGCUGCAUGCAUGAUGUGAACCACACUGUUGUAUUGUGUAUGUGAUCUCAUCUCUUAGAAGAAUUUUGGAGUGUUUUGUAGAAAACCAAGUUGCAUGACGAGGAAAACCCAUAGUGUAUAUAUAUAUAUAUAUAUAGUGUGUAUUUAUUCAAGAUUGCAUUUUAGAAGAAUAUAUAGUGUGUAUCCAUUCAAGAUUGCAUUUAGAAGAAUAUAUAGUGUGUACAACUUAUGUUUUUAUAGUAUAAGACUGCAUUUAUUUUGAUGGAUAAA